AUGUCUUGCCUUCGAGACAACUUCCAGAGCGGCGUCCUCCUCGACGGCCGCUACCAAACCCUCUCCCCUCUCAACUCUGGCUCGUUCGGCAUGGUCUUCAAGGCCAAGGACACCUUCACUGGCGAGACAGUCGCCAUCAAGUGCCUUGCCAAGACGCCCGAUGCCGACGACGAAUGCAUGGCCUUUGCGGUUGACGACAAGUCUGAAGAGAAGCAGCUGCACGGCCGCUUGUCCCACCACAACAUUGUCAAUCUCCUCCGUGCCUUCGAGACGGAGUCGCACUCGUACCUGGUUCUCGAGUUCUGCUCCCGAGGUGACUUGUAUGAGGCGAUUCGCAACGGCCACGGCCCCCUCGAGACGGAGCACGUCCGUCAGUUCAUGCUCGAGCUUGUGGAUGCUGUCACGUACAUCCACAAGAUGGGCGUCUAUCACCGCGAUAUCAAGCCUGAGAACAUCUUCCUCACCCAAUCCGGCGCCAUGAAGCUGGGUGACUUUGGUCUCGCCACCAAGGACCAAUGGACCUUCGAGACCACUGUCGGCAGCGACCGUUACAUGUCCCCUGAGCAGUACGAUUCGGCCGGUGCGGGUUACUCCCCGGCCCAGGCUGACAUCUGGGCCAUCGGCAUCUGCCUCCUCAACGUCCUCUUCUCACGCAACCCCUUCACCACCCCCACCGAGGCCGAUCCCCUUUUCCUCGACUUCUCUCGUGACAAGCAGUCGCUUUUCGACGUCUUCCCCUCCAUGUCCCAAGACACGUACGAGGUCAUCGUGCAACUGAUGAGUCUUGACCCGAAGAAGCGGUCCCUCGUCGGGGCGCGCGCUGCUCUCCUCCGUCUCGUCAGCUUCACCACCUCAGAGGAGGACAUGGACGAUUUCUGCUCGACCGAGAAGCCUGUCGUGGCGAGUGCCAACCGCGAGCCUCUGCGCACCCCAUCUAUCCAGAGCCCAAUGGUUGACAACGGUGCCUUCCCCUGGACCAAGGCCCUCCACACCACUCCCCCCAAGCCUAUCCGCCAGCUCAGCGUCAUCCCCGACGACGAGAGCUACACGGAAGACCUCUUCUCCAAGUCGGGUGGAACAGCCGGGUGGUUCUCCGGGUCCAUCGAGGCACCGUCCUUCUCUUCGACCUUCAACUCGACUUUGACCAUGGGUACGUCGAUGAAGUCGAUGGCCAUUCAACGUCCGGUUCCCGCCGUCUCUCGACCACCUCCCCGCACCUCUGCCAUCAGUGGAUCUCUCCCCGUCACCAUGUCCAAGCCUCGCAAUGUUCACUCGUCCGGGUCCCUUGGGUUCGGUCGUCUCAGUGAUGUCGUAUCCAAGAGCUGGAGCGACAUGUGGGACGAGGACAUUGAGGAAGAGGAAGAGGAGGCGCGCCAGCAACUCGAGUCACUGCGUGCCAUGAACUCCAGGACCUGGAGCCAGGAGAGCAAGUCGGCAGAGGCGGACCAGGCCACUGUCGUGGCCGACAAUGCGUCUGUCGUGCACAACGACGUCGAUGACGACCUGGUCGCAGACGGCUUCUUCUUCCAGGAGGCCCCUGCUCCCAAGCCGUCCACGGUGGACAUGUCGACCCGCUACUCCCCCCCUCCCAAGCGCAGCAACGUUGACAAGUGGGCUGCCCUCGGCCAGCGACGUCGAGCCUUGGCCGGACAGUCAGAACCCAACAAGACGCCUGACUGGCUCAAGCCUCGUCGACCAUCGGUCACGGCGCAUCAACCAACACCUGUCACAGGGUUCUGGGAGCAGUAUGGAUUGAAUAUCCAGACUUCGAACAAGACUGUGAAGGAACGAAAUAAGGAUUGCCCAUGGAACAAGGGCAGAGAUUGGAAUUACUGGCGCCGAGACAAACGUUCAGAACUCGGUGACGUCGAGUGGGUUGGCGGCUGGCAGGAGGCUCACUCCUAG